AUAAGAAAGCUCUCCCUCUCUCUCUGUCUCAUUUUUAUUUUUCCCUUUCUGUCUUUUUUGUUUUCUUGUUACCUCCCUCCCUCUAUUCUUGCAUGCUUCAAACACAAAGCACGAAGCACUCGCACCUCAUUGAUUACCAUAAAAAGGUUCUUCCUUGCAUGAUGUGCCUCGCUGUUAGUGCCCUCGUCGUCUCAUGAAGCCUGUGCAUUGAAGACGAUGGGUCCUGGGAGAAACCUGAGGAAGAAGAGAAAGAGAGAGAAUAUGAAGAAGAAGAAGAGUGAAGCAGCUUCUGGGUCUUCUCAGUCUGGAGAUUGGUUUGAUGAGUUCUGCAAGAGAGGCAAUGGUCAUUUUCCUUCAAAGAAUGGACUGGAAGAGUUCCAAUCCAUCUUCGGAAUUUCCAAGAGAACCUUCGAUUACGUGUGUUCGCUUGUAAAGGAAGAUAUUAUGGCCAAGCCAGCUAACUUAGUGUUCAGAAAUGGCAGCCCUUUAUCUUUACAUGACCAAGUAGCUGUAGCUUUGAGAAGGCUGAGCUCUGGAGAUUCGCUCAUAGCUGUAGGAGAUUCAUUAGGCCUGAGCCACUCAACCGUGUCCCAAGCUACUUGGCGUUUUAUUGAAGCCAUGGAAGAGAGGGCAAGUCAUCAUCUACUUUGGCCCUCCACUACAAUGGAAAUGGCAAACACAAAAUCCAAGUUUGAGAAGAUGUGUGGCUUGCCUAAUUGCUGCGGUGCCAUUGCUUUUACCCGCAUCUGGAUGAACUUGUCCACAUCGGACCCCAAUAGUAUCUUGUGGCUCGAUCACGAGAAGCGUUACAGUAUGGUCUUGCAAGCGAUAGUGGACCCGGAUAUGAGAUUUCAAGACAUAGUCACUGGAUGGCCAGGGGGCAAAAUGAACAGAUGGUCGGUCUUUCAGAAUUCAGGCUUCUAUCAACUGUGCAACCAGGGAGAGAGAUUGAAUGGGAACGCAUUAGAGCUUUUGGACGGAUCAAAGGUUAGGGAAUAUGUUGUCGGGGAUUCAGGCUAUCAGUUGCUUCCUUAUCUCAUCACGCCAUAUGAAGGGAAAGAAUUUUCCGGACCGAGAUCCGAGUUCAACAGACGGCUCAUGGCAGCUGCAGGGGUGGCAGAGAGGGCACUCACAAGGUUGAAGGACUCUUGGCGGAUCAUACGUGGAGUCAUGUGGAGACCCGACAGACAGAGGUUGCCGAGGAUUAUUCUGGUUUGUUGCCUUCUUCACAAUAUCGUCAUUGACAUGGAAGAUGAAGUCCAGGACAAGACAACAGUAUCUUGCCCUCAUGAGUCGGGAUGUCCCCAGCAAACAUGUGGAGUAGGCGACAUGAAAGGUGCAUCUCUGAGAGAUAGACUGUGUCUUCACCUGUCUGGAGGCCCUCCACCAUAAAUCUCUUCACUCAAUCCACGAGGCCGAGUCCCCCUAGUUCCAAAUUGUUCGUUCCCGGUUAUGAUAUUGUAAGUUCGGGCAUAGAGGCGGGAUCGCUUUUAAACUGAGAUUAUAGAGAUAAAAUCAGAUUUGUGCUUGAUUGUUC